UUUCCUUAAAAGUAUGAUACAUGAGCCUAGUUCAUUUUUGUCAAAUUCCAUGUAUGAUAGUGAUGUUAAUUUUUUGUUUUUGUGUUACCAUUUUACAUUUGAACCAUGACCAUAUGCAAUCUGAGGUGUGGGGAGGCUCAUGAGGUUCUUUGGAGAUCUUUCUCAGUUGUCUCCAGCAUCCCUGGAUUAAGCUGAGAAAAUGACCUUUGUAUGCAAGGUUGGUCAUCUUGUGCACAAUGUAUGAGGACGGAGAUGACAUUUGUAUACGAGGAUGUUGUUUGAAUUGCUUGUCCUAACAGGUGCACAAGUUGGGAUGGAUUGGACUUUUAUCUUGAGAAAACGCCAUGAUUUCAGGGCUACUUUCGCUGGGUUUGAUGCAGAAAUUGUUGUCAACUUCACAGAAAGACAAAUAGCAUCAGUGGCCACAGAUUGCAACCUGGAUUUAAAUAAGGUUCGAAGUGCCGUCAAUAAUGCUAACAGAAUCCUCCAGGAUAAAUUUUUCUUGGAUUUGAGUGUUCUGUACAUUUCCCAUGCCGUCGACGACAUGAUCAAGGAGCGAUUUAAAGAGUACCGCAGUGAUUUACACCAGCGGUACAAGUGGUGCAGGAGCCUCGAGGAGGCCGUACUGACCGCACUGCCGCACGUGACCAUUGACGAUUGGCGGAUACUCUCUCUAUUGUCAUUUUGA